CUUCCGUGUGCACCACGGCUUUUGACCGGCUAGGAGCUGGAAUCGGCUAGGUUCCUAUUUCUGGCGUCUGACUUCUUACCUGCACGCAGCUCGCCUUAAGCGGCGCUCAGAGCGGGGACAUGAGUGUUCCUGUGUCACCGCCCCCGGACGGGGUCCUGACCGGGACCCCCGGCAGCCUGGAGGCCGGCGAGCCCACGCUGGGUUUGAGUGAUGCAUCUCCAGAUGAAGGACUGAUAGAGGACUUCGCUGUAGAGGACAAAGCUGUGGAGCAGCUGGUGGGAGGCCUGCUGUCCCACUACCUACCAGAUCUGCAGAGGUCAAAGCAAGCCCUCCAGGAACUCACACAGAACCAAGUUGUGUUGCUAGAUACACUGGAACAAGAGAUUUCAAAAUUUAAAGAAUGCCAUUCUAUGUUGGACAUCAAUGCUUUGUUCACAGAAGCGAAGCACUAUCAUGCCAAGCUGGUGAACAUAAGGAAGGAGAUGCUGUUGCUUCAUGAGAAAACAUCCAAGUUAAAAAAAAGAGCACUUAAGCUCCAGCAGAAGAGGCAGAGAGAAGAGCUGGAAAAGGAACAGCAGAGGGAAAAGGAGUUUGAAAGGGAAAAGCAGCUGACAGCCAAGCCAGCCAAAAGGACAUGAGCAGCCUAGCUGCGGGUGUUUGCUGCCGUGUCGCGCUCCCUGGAUCUCCAGUGCUGUACACAGAGAGGGUGCAGAUGGUACCUUAUGCCAUGGGCAUGUUAGAAGUCUUUCCCAGGGUUGCUGUAUUUCUGUGAUUUCAUGUCUCUUCACUUAAGAAGCCUUGUUUUUGAUAUUUACAUUUUCAACUUUUGCUUAAUUUUAGAAUUUAUUAUUUUGAUUUUAAGUCAUUUGUAAACUGGAAAACACUUUGGUUUUUACUGGAGUCUGGACACUAGUUCAAAAUGAGUACAAGUGCUUGGGCUUCUUGAGAAUUGAUUUUAUAGUUUCAGUUUCUCCUCCUAUGAUGACAGGCCUUUCCUGCACUGCAGCACCGAGUUCUGGCAAUUGCUUUCCAUUGCUGAAAGAGGAAUUCCAGUUGUCUGGCCACAGAUCUCCCGGGAAGAAAGCCGCCAAGCCUUUGUGAAGAACACAGGACAUGUGUGUACCCGGAAACACCAGCACGAUAGAUAUGGGUCAGGGGAGGGGAUGCCAGACAGAUUCUUCAGCCAUUCUGUUUCUCAGGGCUGGUGCUUAUGUGGAUUCCUUCCGUUCCUAAAGCUGUGCAGUGAUGGUGGCCCCGCCAGAUGCUCUGCUGUGCAGCAUGUGUGCGCUAAGUCAUCCAGUACAAGAGCAUGUUGUGCUCUUUCUUUCUUUCUUUCUUUCUUUCUUUCUUUCUUUCUUUCUUUCUUUCUUUCUUUCUCUCUCUCUCUCUCUCUCUCUCUCUCUCUCUCUCUCUCUCUCUCUCUCUUUUCUUUUCUUUUCUUUUCUUUUCUUUUCUUUCUUUUACUCAGUCAGGGUUUCUACAAAGCCCUGAUGUCAUGGAGCUCACUCUGUAGAGCAGGCUCACAGAGAUCCACCUGCCUCUUAUCCCAAGUGCUGAGAUUAAAGUGUGUGCCACCACAUGUGGCUCAGGGCUUUUUAAAGUAGAGUAAAACCCGCUGUUGUUCACAUCAUGUGUAAUCACAGGGUUGGUGGACAUCAGUAAACAGUAUAAAGAAGAGGCAGCGUGAGACCUUCAGUUAUAUACAAUAUCUACAUCUAUUGAAAAAGGAAGUAGGAAAGUAUUAAUAGAUAAAAAUAUAGCAUAUAGACAGAGUACUUCUGCAUUCUAACAUUGUUUGAGUGACAGGUAAGGAAACUUGUUACAAGUCAUAAUGCCACCACCGUAUCAGCUAGGGAAAGACCACAACAUCUCUGAGUCACCUGGGAAAAGCCAUAUUCCUGUUUUGCUUUUGGAAAUAAUUAAUCAUAGGUUUAUAUUUAUUAAGUAUAUCCUUAAUCCUUCCAUCACUUUAGAAACCCAAAAAGUUAGCAAACUAACCUACAUUUUAGUAAAUAUUUUGAUCCCAGAAAGCAAAACUGGGCAACAGACGUAUAUACAAAGUACACAGUUGAAAUCUUUGGGCAAGAGGCAACAAGAAUGUUAAUGGAUGAGAAGCUGUGCUAGUCCAGCCCUAUCAAACCAUGGAUCACAACAGGUGGAUGAGCAUGCCGAGCUGCUGCUGCUGUGUAAAUUCUCGUCAUGAUGAAUCUAUAUAAAUAAUGCUAUGGUUAGGCUAAUAAUAGAAAAAUACUAUCUGUAGCAUGCUAUAAUUAGAGAAAGUUAAUGGUAUAAAACAAAGAAAAAUAAUCUGUGCUUUUUACUUGUGAGGAAAAAUGGCAAAAAUAUUGUGAUAUUUAUUACCUUACAAUAAAUUUUCAUUGAUUUUAAGUUGAGCCAUGGUGACUAAAGCCUUAUGGUAUGAUUUUACAUACCAUCAAUUCAUUAGACAAUCAGCAGAUGUAUAGUCCUUGAAUUUUCCAAAACCUUAGUUUUUCAUGUGUAAAGGAGGAAACCAGAGUAGGAAGCCCUCAGAAGCAGAAAUGUCGAAGGUACUGUGUAUCUGUACAACUCAGAGCUUCAAAAUAUAAGCAUCAUACAUAUGAGCAAUAAAUAAGUCAGACCUGACGUCAUCAGUUAACAAGAUAAUGACUAAUCAGCAGCAUGAAAAAAAUCCAAUUGCCACUCUAAAAUUAUUCAUAAAAUAGAAGGUACACCAAUGUUUUGAACACUGGCUACCUAAAAAAAUUUGGAAUACAAUUUGUCCACCAAAAAUAUAUCUGUUUUAAAGAGUCAUUUAUAAAAUAUAAACCCAGCCUUAUAUGCACAUUUUCUUCUCUUAGGAAAAGGGCACUUAGUAUAUAGCUAAGGCAUUCAGAACAUAAAGAUCCUGUUGACUUUCCUAUUCAAAAGAAGGUAUUCUGUGCAGUUUAAAUUUAUAUUUAUAAAAAUAUAAAUAUGUCUGACAGAGAUGGAAUAGUGCCUGCUGGAAAAUCCAUUGUCAAGGUCAGGAAAACAAUACUGACUCUGUUUCGUUCUUAGUUACCAGAAACUUCCCAAAUCAUAUAAAAAGAUAAAGUAUUCUGAGUCUUCAGAAGUGGGCUCGUGGUCUUUUGUUGUCUUCUCGUAGCCGUUCAGUUUCAUCCAGCAAGCCUUCAUUCACUCGAGUAUCUUUCCAGCAAAGAGUGCAUUUCAUUCAGCUGGAUAUGAAACUGUCUAAUCAUCUCCACUUACAAAUUUGCAAUGUCCUAAAGCAAGUGCCCCUGAAGUCAUCCAAGGUUUCCUGUAUCAUGUUCUGAACGAAGCGGAUCUGAGCAGAGGUUGGUGAUACAUCAGGCUGACUGGUCCCAAGUAUAUCCACUAUUUCUUCUGAGAGUCAGCUGGCUACUCCAGCCGCGACAGAGGACGCUGCCUUUGGAACUGGAAUUGAGGAUCCAUCUACUGAGGGCUUCAGUUUCCUUUUUUGGCUUUUUAUAUUUUUCAAGAUUUCUUGUUGAUGAUGGAGAGGUAUUUCGAAUUCCUGGUUCAGUACCAGAGGAGAUCAACUUUGCAAACUGCUUCAAGGAGUCCUUUGGCUCCUGCUUCUUCCCCGGGUAUGUUCUCUCUGCCUCAGCUUCCAGAUCAUGGCUCUCACUUUCUUCUUUCCCUGGAGAUCCCACGAGGACAGAAGAGCACUGGAGUGCAAUACCAGAGUGCUGGAAGUGACUGGAUUUUUUUCCUCAGUGGGAACGCUGAGUUCAGCUGAAGUAGAAAGUCAAGGCCAUCUCCUUUGCCUACAGAUUCAUUACCUCUGUUGGCUACAGCAUCGUCUCUGACUGGUGAGAACAUGUCACCUAUUUUCCCUCGUAUCAUCAAAGCUGGAGAAAUCUUGACUUAUUCCACCGUCUGUUUCCUUAAAAUAUCUCUAUUUAUGCUUCGAGAAGACAAGCCUGCUUUAUCCUGAGCAGCAAUGACUCCUUUGGCCAUGGCUGUCGUCACAGGCUGUGGGAGAACUGUGGCGAUGGAAGGGGCGGUUGCUUCUCUGACGGCCCUACUGCUGUUGCUUACAGCAACACUCCGUUUGUUCGCUGAUGUGCGCUUAUUUGAGCAGCCAUUAUUAAACCUUGCCUUUGUCAGAGACGUGGAAUACUGAAAUGAUCUACAGUGUACAGAUGUCUUGUGGGCUCUGAUGGUUUUCACAGGUGAUUCAGCUUACGUCAUACUGAUAUAUUUUCCCACGGGAAGAUCCAAUAGCCCAAGUGGCUCCAUCAUGCAUAAAAUCUACUGAGGUCAGAGGAGUGUCGACCACAAAAGUUCUCACCAGCUUCUUACUUGAAGUGUCAUGGAGAAUGAUUCUUUUAUCCAGGCCCAUGGUUACAAACAGCAGUUCAUUGACAGGAGAGAAACAUGCCUGAAGCUGGAGCCUUGUGUCCUGUCAAAGCUACGAUAUGAGCUCUGACUGUUGACAUCCUAGAGGGUUACUGUUCCGUUAUCUGAAACACUGCCAAGGAGAGACUUCUUAAACGGAGUACUUCACAUGCCGGAUGGGCUGAUUACUUCCGUGGCCAAAUGGUGUACUGGAUGUAUUCAUGAUUAUGCUGUGCAAAACAGUCUCACUACUGAGAGAGACCCAGAGGUAAUGUAGCAAUCAUUCCAAUUGUAUGCCACACAAGUGACUUCACCUUUAUGAUCCUUGAGAGACCGAUGAACUCAUUUUGAUUUUAAAUCCCCAAUAGUAACAGUGUUAUUUCGGCCUCCACUUGCCAAAUACAUUGAUGUGGAAUCAAUACAUGUCUGCUUUUGGCCUUCAGCAAGCUCUAAAAGUGGGACAGAUUUACAUUUGCAACUUGACACCACCAUUUUGUCACCGCUGUAGGUUGCUGUCACUAAGAAGUUAUCAUUGCUGCUCCAACAUAUUGAACUGAUUCCAUGUGGUGACGUGUGGCGGUUGAAUUUAUCCACCAAUGCCAUACAUGAAGCAUCCCAUAUUUUAAUAUUGUUGCCUGAUGAAGCAAAUCUAAGGUUUUCUUGCAUGACUCAGCCCCUCAAGCUUGGGACCCCCCACUCCCUGCUAGAUACCUUCAGUUAUAUCCUUGAUGUGCUAUGUGGGGAUGGCAAAUGAAGUUUCAUUGUUAGAAGUCAAGCGUGUAUUAGUAUACUUCCCCAUUUAGUGUUUCAUACACAGCUGGGCUCCAUCCCUACUGUGCACGAACAGUGCAGAACUACGAAGUAGGUAGUAGAAUGCAUCUUUUCUACUCCACGUUCCACCUUUAGUGUGCUGGAGUCACUACCUCUGAUCUCAUGCUGGCUCUAGAGACCAGAUCUUUAGUGAUGAAGAGAUCACUAAAGAUGAAAGAUGAUAAAAAAAAAAACCUGGUCAGUUUAAAGGCUUAACUACUUUGAAAGAACCUUUUCUUUCUUUAAUGAAUGAAUGGUGGUCCCACAAAUCACUGCUCUGACCUUCUGUUUAACAGUACAAAUGUGUCUAUUUGAAGGGCUCUUACCCUAGUCACUUGCUGUCACUGCCAGAGCAGGAGUCUCUAGAACUUGCAGGACAGUGUCAUUACAGAACAUACUGUUAUAAUAAGAUAUCUGACAUCUGACAAAGGCUGUGAAUUGUUUUUCGCAGUGAUUUUUGACUGAUGGUAUUGGUGAUUUAAAAUACUGUUCCUAGACACUUUCCUCAGUCUAUUGAAGUGAAUCUAUCUAUUAUUUGUUUUGCUUAAAGUUUUCUCCAGUGAUUCUGGUGUACCUUAAAGGAUAAGACACUCCUAGGUCUAGUUGCCACCAGCAGGGUUUCCCACACUAAUGCGUGUGUCCUUUUCACGUGGAAACUACUUGAGAGAAUAUCAACAUCCUUAGUUUGUACUCACUAGUUCUGAUGUGGAGCCCAUACAAGUUUUAGAGUGCUAAAGACAAUUCUGGUGCAAGGAACUGGUAGUAUAGAUUGUCAGUGACUACAGUUAUAAGGGAUGGAAUGGUUUCAAAGCUACCCAGUAAUUUGUGGAAUUCAUAUUAAACUUAAGAAAUAAGUUGUUCACUACUGCUUUUGAUAUAUAAUCAGAUUUAAAACUAAACCUUAGCUGGGAGGAAAUUAUAAGAACCCUGGUUAAUUAAUUGAACUUUUUGACCUAUAGCAAAAUAAAUUAUCUUUAAUGAAUAAAUGGCAAGGCACAUGUGUUUUCAGAAUUAAGUUUUAAAGACUUUUAAAAUAUCAAAAAGAGGGGCUGGAGAAAUGGCUCAGCAGUUAAGAGCACUGACUGUUCUUGCAGAGGACCCAGGUUCAAUUCCUAGCACACACACAUGGCAGUUUACAACUGUCUGUAACUCUAGUUCCAGGGGACCCAGUGCCCUCAACUGUCCUCUGCCUGCACCAGACACACACGUGGUACACUUAUUCACAUUUGAAAAACAUGCACCUACAUAACCUAGGAACAGAUAAAUCUACAAAAACCAUAUGUAAUUAUCCAUUAUUUUAAGGUUAUUGGUUAGUCAGAAAUGUGAUAGGUGAUCAAACCCUAAAACUUUAGCUGUAUUUCACAUAUAACCUUAUAAUAGUCUUGCUGUGUUUUUCAACAAAUAGAAAUUGGUUGAAAAAAAAGUUGUGCUUGUUUUGAAACAAUAUUAGAUAUAUACAGAGCUGAAAUGUAUGGUGUUCAUUUUGUGUUGACUUUGUCUUGAGUAACGUGUAAAUAUGCAGACGUUGAAUGUAAUGUAAUAUGUCCACUGUGAGUUUUAUUGAUACCGAUUGUAUGCCCAAAUACCUUUGUCUGAUUUUGAUUUUAUAAAUGAAAACUACUUUUUAUGCAUCUAAUAAAACAUCAGAAUCAUGGGG